GUAGGAAACCCUAACCUUCUAAUUCCCAUCUCUACGCCUAGCCAAAAUCCCAAAAUUCUCCCCAAGGAACUGAAGAAAAACUGAUUAAUUCCAUGAAUUUCAGUUAAUUCACCGGAAAAAUGGAUUUCCAGCUAAGAAGUGUGUGCCCGGAGAAUGAAGAUGUCGCAGCCUUCAUGAAGAAUAAAUGGCAAGAAAUGGCGGCAAAUCCCAAAGGGAUUUCUGACAAUCUUAACAAUACUUUUUAUAAGGCUUAUUCUAAUGUAUGUAAUUCCAAAACUCCCAUCAAAUCCCUCCGAGACUUGGCAGAAAUCAAGGGAGUAGGAAAAUGGAUUCUGAAGCUAAUGCAAGGGUUUUUUGAUACCAGUUUGGGCGGUUCGGAGAACGAAGACGCGAUUAAAAAAGGGAAGAGAAGUAAGGGUACUAGACGGUACGUGCCACAAAAAAAUUCAGUAGCUUAUGCCUUGUUAAUUACUCUCUACAGAGGGACAACAAAUGGGAGUGAAUUCAUGCGCAAGCAGGAGCUAAUUGAUGCUGCUGAAGCUAGUGGACUUUCUCGAGGGCCAAUUGUGCCUGAAAAGGGGAAAGGGAAGCCUGGAAAAUUUGGGAGCUCACCACGGGAAUGGUAUAGUGGAUGGAGUUGCAUGAAGACAUUAAUAACGAAAGGAUUGGUUGUUAAGUCAAGCUGCCCUGCAAAGUACAUGCUUACAGAAGAAGGCAAGGAAGCAGCAAAGGAAUGUCUUUCUAGAUCUGGGUUAGUUGAUUGCAAUGACAACUCAGCUAUUGCGCACAGAUCUUCGUGUAUUGAGCCAAAGGAGUUAGACUCAUCAGAUAUGCUGAGAUUUUGUGGUCCUGAACCAAAGGAUAUAGACUCAACGGAAAUAGACAUGCCAGAGUUGGCUUCUGCUCAGGCUCGUUCAUUAAACGAAGUUGCACUUACUUCUUUUGCUUCCAAUAGUGAGAAGAAAUCAUUUCACAUCCCUUCUGAAUCUCUUGAUAGGUUUGUUAAAAUGGGGUAUUCUAGGGAACAAACUACUCGUGCUUUUCUUGAGGCAUCAGACGCAUCGCAGACCCAGGACAUGUCUUCACUCUGGCCGGCUGUUCUAUGUCGUCUAAAAGAAGAUCAAGUCUAUGGCCUGCCUAUUCAGCCUAAUAUUACAAGAGUGGAUGAUUUUGCUGUUGGUACGACACGUAAUUCUGUUUCUAACAUACAUGGUAAUAGUUUGAUCAAUGGCACAUGCAACGGGCCACUCGAGGGUGUAAAGUUGCCGCUUCUUGCUACUUCCGGUCAGAUGGCUUGUCCUUUGAAAGCUUGCUCAUUCACUGAUAAGGAGGGGACAGAAGCUUUGGAAUCUAAAUCUCAUGUAUUAGCAAUGCCGCCUUUGGAUGUCGGAGAACGUUUUGAAGACGCUUACGGUAUAAUCUUAGUACUGGAUGACAGGGAACAUUUUGCUAGCAAAGGGUCCCAGUCUAGGAAGAUUAUUGACAACAUAAGUUCUCAAUUCAAAAUUCAAAUAGAGGUUAGAAGACUGCCUGUUGGGGAUGCCAUUUGGAUAGCUCACCAUAAACGUAUUGGAACUGAAUAUGUUCUUGACUUUGUUGUUGAGCGGAAAAAAGUUGAUGAUUUGCGCUUGUCAAUCAGAGAUAAUCGAUAUAAAGAUCAGAAACUGCGACUUCUGAGGUGUGGACUCAAGAAGGUGAUAUAUCUUGUUGAAGGUGACCCAAAUUCGUGUGAAGCUGCUGAAAGUAUUAAAACUGCUUGUUUCACGACUGAAAUAUUGGAAGGUUUUGAUGUACAAAGAACUAAUGGCUUGGGAGAAACGUUAAGGAAAUAUGGUCAUCUUACUCAGGCCAUAUACCAGUACUACAAGUCUUUGGAUUCAGAGCAUAAAAGCUCUAGGGUUUGCCCACAAUAUCGUGAAUUCAUUAGGAGAUGUGAAGAUUUAGACAAGCUGACUGUCAGUGAUGUGUUUGCGAUCCAAUUAAUGCAGGUUCCACAAGUAACUGAGGAGGUUGCUAUUGCUGUUCUAGAGAUGUACCCAACUUUGCGAUCUCUUUCUCAGGCAUACUCUGUGCUAGAUGGUGACAUUUGUGCUCAAGAGGAUAUGCUCAAGAAGCAUAGUAACAAUUUGAUUAGCAGUGCUGCUAGCAGAAACAUCUUCCAACUGAUUUGGGGCGGUUGACUUUGCAUUGAAGUUUUUUCAAAUGCUUGUUAGAGUUGAUAGAAAGCAAGGAUAUGAUAUGGUUCUUAACUGCAAUUUUUGCAGUCUGAGGAUUGCAUGCAAAUAAAGGAUGUUGAUGGACUUUCAUUUCAUAUUCCAGUUUCCAUUCACCCCCCCCUCCCC